UUGAGCAUCCACAAGAACUCUGGAGGUGUGAUGAACAUCUGUAAGUUGUGAGGAGGGGUCUUAUUGGAUCAGAUUUAUUUGCACCCCACAAAUUCUCGAUCAGAUUAAGAUCUGGUGAAUUUAGAGGUCAGGUCAACACUAGCUCUUUGACAUGUCAUAUUAUGCUCUCCUGUGUUCUCUAUAAUUACUUUUUAAAGACUAUAUUUAGAGAGAAAUGUAAGCAAAAAAUGUCCCUUUAAACCAUUACAGAGCUAAUGACAUGAGACCUAUUCUGCCUCCUAUGUCUGAUAUGUUAAUAGGUGGUUAAUAGAUAGCAGAUAUUAAUUUACAAACAGGUUUUCAAAAUGAUAUGCAAACAAACCUAACCUCUUAAAAACUGGUCUGUUGCAGAAAACUCCACCCCAAAAAUAUCAUGCAUGUUGCGCAUGUUGUUUUGUGAAAUCAGCGUUUGUAGGUUCUUUUUUGUACAGUCAAUUUUGCAUCUCCUGCUCCUUGUGCCUAACUGGCUUGACAAAGACUGAUAAAAAAAACAACAACAUAGGCCCACCCAGGUGCAUUCUGGGCUGCCACAACUAAACCCCUUUUAUCCCCUAGGUGCACAUGGCCUAACCCAAUAGAAAACCCAAUCCAAUUAGAAGAAUACUAAGAAAGGUAAACAUAUUCUAAUUAACAUAAAUUUUUUUGUUUAGUUUAUUUUUUGGUAUUUUGUGUUUAUUUAUUUUAACAUUACACAAACAAAAAUAGACAAAUAGCUCCUACACUCCGGCCCCUAAUUGGGCAUAAAAUCACAAUUACACAAUAACUAAACUAAAGGAGCUAUACUACUGUGAAGUGUCAUUUCUUCAUCUUCAUCAACCUGUAACUGAAGACCACAGACAGGGCAUUAGGAAGUAGGACAGAGAGAAAGAAAGAGAAUUACUCUUUAGCUGCCUUCAGCAGCAGGCAGAGCUUGGUCACUAGCCUCUCCAACACUCUGAUCUUGUUCUUGAGCUGCACAGAAGGAACCAGGCCUCAUGCAUUAACGUGGCCAACGGCAUCUGCAAACAGCACAAUAUGUCCAGGACAGAUGUUUCUGCGUAAGAGGUAAGUAUUCUGAGAUCCAUCUCAGGUGCAAGAUUGCUUGUCGAGGUUUGCCCUUUAAUGUUAAGACGUGAUUAGGCAUGAGGGCUUCUAAAUCAUCAGAAUCUUCAGAGACUGGUGUGGUUGGUUGGUCAUUUAAGAUGGCCUCAGCUUCACAAAACACAGUUUGAAGAUACACAUCAUCCUUCAUCAAAGCACACUUAGUGCUCCCAGAUACCACCUUGAUUUGAGGAUGCAGGGGUAUUGAAAUGCCAGUUUAUGCCAUCUUGGAUCAAGGAUCUUUGGAUUUUGUCCUGGUUUAGAGCAGCCAGAUUUUCUUUUAUCUCCCUGUUGGCUCCAACAAAAUUAGUGCCAGACCGUUAUCAGACCUGAUGGAGAAGACUGGGCCACGUCUGCACACAAAUCUUCUGAUUGCAUUAAUACAGGAAUGAUCCAUCCAGUGUAUUUGCCACUUCCAAUUGAACAGCACGACUGGACAGGCAAGUGAAAAUGACAACAAUAGGGCCAAAAUAAUCUACUCCAACAUUGGUAAAUGGAGCUUUAUCUGGCAUUACUCUUUCCUGGGCAGAUCAGGCAUUUUUUUGUUCCAUUAGCCUUCCUCUGUUUCUUCUGCAGGUCACACACUCUGACAGGACCUUUCUGGCAGCAGAGUUUGCAUUGAUUAUCCAGUAUCUCCGACGCAGCCUGGACAACAUGUGGUUUCUUCCUGCAUGUCAGAGUUGUUGGUGAAUAUGCCGCAGAAUUAAUGUUGCCACAUGCAUGUCUUUACACAAAAUGACAGGGUGCUUGGCCUCUGAUUUUAAUUCUGCCUUCUUGAGACGGCCGCCCACUCAGACGAUUCCACUGUCAAUCACUGGAUCUAGCCUCUACAAGUUACUGUCCUUUGGUACGCCCUUAGUGGCUCUGAGUGAACUGAUAAUCAGCUUUGAACUUGAGAUGUUGCUCAAACUGAAUGAUUGAAUGCUCUGCUUCUGCCAGGUCCUCACAUGUUAAGUGUUGUCAUUUUAGUGUGCUCUUAAAAUGUUUAAAAAGAGUUUUUUGUGCCACCCUUUGUUCUUUGGUGAUUACAUCUUCCUCUGACUGUUGUAUAAAGUCUUUUCUUUUCUGGGACAGUACUGUGUGAGGAGCUCCUUCACCUUUAAAAACCAGGCCACAGCCCGCCUCUGCUUCACCCAGCAUGAAAAGUAGAAGAAGAGGAAACAGGUGCUGCUUUUCCUCUCCUCUACAACAGCACUUACCGUUACAUCCUUCUUUAUUUCAGGGUCAUCAGCAGGGAUUAGAUCACACUUUACAUCCAGCUUAGGCCACUUAUCUUUAGACUCAAACAAGAACCCUGGGCCGUAGAUCUACCUGCUCCAGGAAGUCCUCUGAUCUCAACCCUCAUGAUGUCUUGUAUGCUGGAUUGUCUUUGGAGCUCACAUACCUCCACUGGUCAUAUGUGGCUUCUCAAAUGAGAGAGACUUUGUUUGCGACAAAGGUGUGAAACCUCUUUGUUUCAUUACGGAUGUAUUUCAGACCGGUGGUGCUAUUAGUCCAGAAAACAGAUUUUUCCAACUUUAGGUGCAGCUCUCUUUGAAGAAACUUAUCCAUUGUGUGAUGAGUCAGUUGGCAACAUAAACAAUAAUUUACAGAGGACAUGUUUUUAUUUCCUGUUUUGUUUACUGUAACAUUGGUGGCAUUACACCUUUUCUUUUGCUUUAGGUGGCUGCUAUUAGUGUUCUUGGGUAUGGAGUGCUGGCGGUCUUGAAUGUUGCCAAAAAGUGGAUCAGAUGCAAUUUUUAUUUGUUUUUCAAUGAAGGCAACAACAUCAAUAAGCAAUGCUCUCUGGUCACGCCUCAUCUGAAGGUCACAAGCCACAUUUCUCCAUCUUUCCCUUAGUUUGUAAGGCAGACAGCUCUUUCAUGUGAGCAAUGUACUCAGUUAAAUUUGAGCAUCCUCUGAGAAACAGGGAGAAUGACUGCAGUGCUUUAAUGUCCUUACCUUUUAUUGACGGCCAGUUGUGGAUCGUCUCCAUAAAUGCAUAUGCGAUUUUAUGUUCGUUACCAAAAUGUUCUGCAAGGAGACUCUUAGCUCUGUGAUAUCCCUGAAUAUUUCGUGGGGGCAGAACAGAGCUCAGAUUUUGCUGGACCAACAUAGCAGUGAUGUCAUUUUGCCUUUGCAUGACUUAUGGUUGCAAAUUUGCAUUUGUUCAUUGGAUAGGCUGAGCCGUUUUAUUGAUGUUGAAGUCUGCAUUUUCAUUUUGAUAUACAUUCUGAAAUUAUAUUUGUUUAAGACGGCCAGCUGGUGGUUGCACUGUGGUGGUAAAAUGCGCAUCAUUGACAUUGUCUCUCUGCUCUGGAACAAACAAUUCAGCACAUGGAUUGCAGUAAUGUGGACGGUGUAUGUCCAGAUGACAGUGUCUCCAAUUUACUGUACAUGUUGCUGCUCUGAAUAGAAAACAUGAAGUUGAAGCACAAGAAGAAAAAAUUUAAACAGAAAGUGAAAGGUAAAGUGAAACGACUCAAACUUCAAACACUUCAAAAACUUCUGCAAAUGCUAAGCAAGUUGUGUUUGAAGUUCGAGUUGUUCCUUUUGUUGUUCGUAUUUGGAGACACAUAUUGAUGCCCAUCACAUCACACAACCUAAUAUGGUCAGCAAAUUCACAGUGUACUUGAGCACACAGAUGUUUCCUUCCUUGUACUACAAGUAGUGAAGCUCCCCCAUCUGCCAUGCGUUUAUAUGCUGUAUAUCCAGUAAUACUGAAGCUCAUUAAUGUAAUGAGCUGCACAGCAUGCAACACUGCAGAGUAUGAAAUUCAUGGAGAAUGCUGUCCAAUGUGUGCUCCUGGUCACCAUGUGCUUAAACACUGCAACAGUCAGUUAGGCACACAGUGUAAAACGUGCACUGGAUCAACCUACACUGAUGCCCCGAAUGGACUGACGGCAUGUCUUCCCUGUGCUGUGUGUGAUGAAGGUAAUGGAUUACAUGUAAAACAUAAAUGUUCGUACACUUCAGAUGCACACUGUGAGCCUAUGACAGGAUAUUAUUGUAUAGAAACUCAGGGUGAGAGCUGCAGAAAAGCCCAAGAGCACUCCACCUGCCUUCCUGGGCAAUACACCUACCAGAAUGGAACAUCAUUGAUGGAUACAGUGUGUAAGGACUGCUCAGAGGAGACAUAUUCAGAUGGUUCAUUUAUGCACUGCAAACCACAUACAAAAUGUGAGUCUUUGGGGCAGAUAACAAUCACACAGGGAACACAGUCAAGUGAUGCAGUGUGCAGUCAUAAACCGUCACAUCUGGGCCUCAUCAUUGGGAUUUUGGUGCCAUCUCUAUUGGUGCUGGUCAUCUUGCUUGUCAUUUUAUUUUGGGUAAAAAAAGGAAAAAGUCACCAUUUUACCUGUGAAUAAACAUUUUAUAUACAG